ACAGGUAGCUCACAUGUGACAGUUAUCUGACUGUGAGUGUGUGUGUGUGUGUGUGUGUGUGUGAGUGUGUCCGCUACACGGAGCCGCUCUGCUGCUCUCUCUGCAUGAUGCUCUUUUCAGUGACUGGCUGCAUGGUGCUGAUUUUACUGUGAAGACUCAGGAGGAAGGAAAGUCACUUUAACUUCAAGGAUAGUGGAAGCUGUGAGAACUGCACUAUCACAAAAAAGAGAGAGAAGGAAAGGAAGGAGGCCGCAGGAUGAAGUCCAAAGGAAAGGCUACAAGAUCAUCUAGUAGAACCUGGUCUGACCCAGAUGCAGAGCUGGAACCAGACACAGAACCAAGCACAAGUGAGCAAGAGGGCUCAGAGGCCUCCGUGCGGAUCAGAGGCUCCUGGAGAGGUUCCCUGAGGAGUGGGGACGGCAAGCGUCAAGGAGGAGGAGGCCGGAGACGCAGGCAGCAUGGCUCCAGCAACAAGGAGCGCAGCGUCCGGCGACUGGAGAGCAACGAGAGGGAACGCCAGCGCAUGCACAAACUCAAUAACGCCUUCCAAGCGUUACGAGAGUCCAUCCCCCACGUCAAGACCGACAAAAAGCUGUCCAAGAUUGAGACCCUGACCCUGGCUAAAAACUACAUCAAAUCCUUAACCAGCAUCAUCCUGGACAUGUCUGGGGCCUGCCUGCCUGCUGGAGGGGAUCCAUCAGAGGCCAGUGCUGCCAAGCUGCUCCAGUGCUACCAGCAGCAUCUGGAGGAUGAGGGGGAGGCAGAUCUCACCCAGUACCUUACCCAUGUGCACAGCUUGAGUCAGCUAAGCUAACAGAGGCUAAAUCUGGCUUUGAGACUAGGAGGGACCCCAGAAACCUGUUUCCAAGUCAGACAGAGGUGUUGUGAAACAUCUGGGGUCCAAAAGAUAUCCAGUUUUCUACAGGCAUACUAUUCUGGGAUCUGGUCUUGGGGGGAGGUGCUCUGUAGGAACUGGAUGGUUACAGAUAACUGACCAUAGAAGAUGGAGGGCUGCCAAACUAUAACUUGCAAAAUGUGGAAUUUGAGGACACACAGACUGACGACUGGACAGUGAAAACCUCAUGGACCUUUAAUGAAGUGUACAAAGACUAAUUUAUUACAGUACAUUUUAAAGAGAUGGGCCACUCUGUCUCUUCUCUUGUUUUCUUAAAGUUUGAGCGGUGCAAGAAAGUUGUUCUCUUUUUUUUGUUAUCUUGUGAUCUUUUUGUGUGUUUGUUAUUGAGAAACUUACCGAAACCUAGCCUCUGGUCAUAACUGUCAAAUCCUGGAAGAGAGGAGAGGCAAGCAGAAGGACUAAAUAUUGAAAUUUUGAGACCGAAACACGUGUUUGCUCACUUUUUUUUACUUUGAGUGCACGUAUACUCGUCUUUUUACAGCUGGAAGGCAGAGAUGAUGUUUAAAGUGUUUGUUAUUUGACUUCCGUGUCUCUGUGUGUCUUGAGGCAGGACAUUGCAGUGAAAAGAAGAGGAACAUUUGUUAUCAAUAAACUCAUUUAUUUAUUGA